GCCGCAAACUUCUUCCGGUUGACACUUCCGGUGUAGAGCGAGUCCAUGCUUGCUCCGCUUCAGAGUACAUAUACAAUUGCUCUAAAUCAAUUGGAUCAAGUCUAAUUUUAAACAGCCACCUCCAUUCAGUCAGUAGGAUGUCCAGUUCGGACGUGCUAGCCAGUCCCGGUGGUGUGGACGUGUCCUCCUCUCCCAAAUCACCACUGGCUGAAACCCAGCAACCUGACAAGGACUCCAAACCAGUAACCAAACAGAACCCUGUCCCUGCCUCCCCUCCCCUCCAUGGUCUGAAGCUGGCUCCCCACAGGGAGCUGGAGCAGGCACAGCAGAGGGGCAGGCUGAAGUGUUCUAGCUGCGGAGGCUCCCGGAUGUUCUUCUGCUACACCUGCUGCUCUUUAGUGGGCGUCAGCCAGCAGGAAAUCCCCUCUGUCAAGCUCCCUAUAAAGAUUGACAUCAUCAAGCAUCCCAGUGAGGUUGAUGGGAAGAGCACAGCCAUACACGCCAAGAUCCUCGCCCCCGAUGAUGUCACCAUCUACACCUACCCCUGCAUACCUGAGUAUGAAGAUGACACAGACAAAGUAGUGCUGGUGUUCCCUGGUCCUGGAUCAGUCUCAGUGGAGGAGAUGACAUGGAGAUUACAGAACCUGGCUGUCAUGAAGUCAGCUGCCUCCCCAGAUGAGGAACCGUCCCCAAAGAGGCCCAGAGCCGAGGAGACGCCAGGGGCCACACAGCAGGCUGAGGGACACACAUCAGGAGCCACACACACAGAAGAGAGGGGAGGGGAAGCAGGGAUAGAGGGCCAGACUGAGACACCAGGGGCCUGUCCCCUCCAGAGAGUGGUGUUCAUCGACAGCACAUGGAACCAGACCACCAGAAUCAUCACAGAUGAGAGACUACAGGCGUUGCUCCGUGUGGAGCUGAAGACCAGGAAGACGUGUUUCUGGCGCCAUCAGAAAGGUUCUCCAGACACCUACCUGGCAACCAUAGAGGCUGUCUACUACUUCCUCAAGGACUACCAGGAGCUGUGUCUGAGACAGGAGUACACAGGACAGUACGACAACCUGAUGUACUUCUACUGUUACCUACACACACUGAUCAACAAGGCUAAGACAACCGCUGGGAGACGCUGAGACUGCAGAUAGGAGAGAGGCCAAAACUACCGCUGGGAGACGCAGAGACUGCAGAUAGGAGAGAGGCCAAAACUACCGCUGGGAGACACAGAGGCUGCAGAUAGGAGAGAGGCCAAAACUACCGCUGGGAGACACAGAGGCUGCAGAUAGUAGAGAGAGGCCAAAACUACCGCUGAGAGAUGCAGAGACUGCAGAUAGGAGAGAGAGGCCAAAACUACCGCUGAGAGAUGCAGAGACUGCAGAUAGGAGAGAGAGGCCAAAACUACCGCUUGGAGACGCAGAGACUGCAGAUAGGAGAGAGAGAGGCCAAAACUACCGCUGGGAGACACAGAGACUGGAGAUAGGAGAGAGAGGCCAAAACUACCGCUGGGAGACUGCAGAUAGGAGAGAGAGGCCAAAACUACAGCUGGGAGACACAGAGACUGGAGAUAGGAGAGAGAGGCCAAAACUACCGCUGGGAGACUGCAGAUAGGAGAGAGAGGCCAAAACUACCGCUGGGAGACGCAGAGACUGCAGAUAGGAGAGAGAGGCCAAAACUACCGCUGGGAGACAGAGAUGGGAGAGAGAGGCCAAAACUACAGCUGGGAGACACAGAGACUGCAGAUAGGAGAGAGAGGCCAAAACUACCGCUGGGAGACGCAGAGACUGCAGAUAGGAGAGAGAGGCCAAAACUACCGCUGGGAGACACAGAGACUGGAGAUAGGAGAGAGAGGCCAAAACUACCGCUGGGAGACUGCAGAUAGGAGAGAGAGGCCAAAACUACAGCUGGGAGACACAGAGACUGGAGAUAGGAGAGAGAGGCCAAAACUACCGCUGGGAGACGCAGAGACUGCAGAUAGGAGAGAGAACCUACCUACACGCACAAUCACCACCAAGGCCUCCAAAAAUAGCUGACAAACUGUCUCACUAACCAGUUUUCCAUCCAGCCUUUUUAUGCGAGUAAAGUACGUCUCUCACCUGCCAGUCAGGUAGCUUUGUCAUCUUAGUUUUGCUCUUGCACUUUGAGAUUUUUUGGUUUUGGAAUUGAUCAAAAGAUUUGGCGCGCUCCCCAUAGAGAUAUAAUAUAAACGUUGUAACUUUCCAAAUGUCGACAAAACAAAAUACGCUAUACAAGGCAGUGGCGACUCAUCAUUCAGAGCAGGUGGCUUGUCUGUCUCCCCCUUAUGCCGUAGUUUGUACAUCUCCAUUGUCAGUAGAAACCACAUUUAAGCAAGUCAGCCAUAUCAGCCAUGUUUUUUUUUAAGGCAGUAAAUGAGGCUGAAAGAAGUGUUUCGCUGCCAGACCAGGCUCAGCUGUUAGCCAGGUGUAGCUGGUUAUGGGACUGCUGUUGGGACAGCUUUAUGUCGGCCCUAACAGGUUGUGGGCACCGUUAUAGUGCUAUUAAUGUAUUGUUUAGUGACUUUUCUGGCAAGCAUCCCACUUUCUUUUUUUGAUUACAUUGUUUUGCCCCACCAAGAUUUACAUGCUAAAAUCACCACUGAGACAAGGUAGGAUCUUUUUGUGUCUAAAAUCACCACAGAGACAAGGUAGGAUCUUUUUGUGUCUAAAAUCACCACUGAGACAAGGUAGGAUCUUUUUGUCUAAAAUGCAAGACAUGGCGGUGGAAAUGCGUUUGUGCACUAAUAUUGAGAUAAACAUAUAUUGAAGUAAAUUUAAGUCACACAAUGACAUUUUGUGUGGUCCUCCCACUAUGAUUUAGGCUACAGAUGAAAUAUGUUAACUUUACAGGGUGGUGAAGGUACAAGGUGAUGGGCUUGAUGUGCCUUUCCAAUAAAUAUCCGGGGUCUUAUUCUGGUGACAUGA